AUGGCUGACGACGAGCUGGAGGCUCUUAAUGCUCUGGAGAAAGAAGCUUCGGAGUUCAACAAGGAUGCAGAGAUAGACCGUAUCAGAAAAGCAUUUCCCCUGGAUGCAUACGCUGUUCUCGACCUUCAGCCUGGUGUACCCGAGUCGGACAUCAAGCUCCAAUAUCGCAAAAAGUCGCUUCUAAUUCAUCCGGAUAAAACGAAAAAUGAACUAGCCCCAGACGCUUUUGAUCGGCUCAAAAAAGCACAGACUACAUUGCUAGAUGAGAAAGCCCGGGAACAUCUUGAUGAAUGUAUCGCCGACGCUCGGCGACUCCUAAUUCGCGAACACAAAUACACGCUUGAUUCGCCGGAAUUGAAAACAGAAGAGUUCAAGGCGGAGUGGCGGAAAAAGACGGUCGAGGUAUUGCUUGAAGAGGAGGCUCGCAGGCGUCGACAGCUCAAAGCGCGAAUGCAAGAAGAAGGCCGCGAACAGCGGAAAGAAGAAGCUGAGAUAGAAGAGCGCAAACGCAAACGGGACGCUGAGAAGGCUUGGGAGGAUACACGCGACGAAAGAAUUGGCAGUUGGAGGGACUGGCAAAAGGGAACGAAAAAAGAGAAAGAGGGUGGGAAGAAAAAGAAGAAGACGAAGGUCUUAGGGUGA